CCUGCUUGGCUUUGGACAACAAUUUUUCGCAAAUUCGUAAACAAAACUUUGUGAGUGGAAAUGGAGCUGAAUUAGGAGCUUGCAACUAGAACCGGUUACAUCAUGACGGCCUGCGUGCUUUGCCUGUCCACCUCCUAUGCCGGCCACCUGCUGCAGUCGCCGGAGGGCGUCCGCCAGAACAUCAGGGCGACCAUCAUUAAACACUUUUCGUUCUCCGAGGUCCUGACGGCGGGCAAGGAUGCGUCGGUCUGCCGGGAGUGCUGGGCCUGCGUCAGGAGCUUCGAGGAGUUCCACCAGCGGGUCUCCGGCCUGCACCAGGUGGCCACCAGGAGCAGCGACUCCAAGAGCGUGCAGAUCGAGUUCUGCGGCCAGACGGAGGUGGAGGUGGAGGUGGCCACCAACCCGCUCUUCUCCGCCGAACUGGACGCCCUGGCCGAGGGCUUCUUCGCCCCCAGCGAGGUCAAGGUGGAGGUGAACGAGCUGGAGCCGCUGCCCAAGCUGGAACUCCUGGAGGACCCGGUUGACACGGAAACCAGGCCUGCCACCAAGCGGCGGGGCUCCCCCAACGACGGUUCUCCGCACCCAAAGCGGCGCAUCAAGAACGAACGGCCAGUGGACAGCGACUCGGAUGCUCCGCUAGCGGAUUUCCUGUCAUCCGAAGUCAAAAGCAGCUCCAAUGGACCAGCGAAGGGCCUCCCGCUGCGCAGGAGCACGCGGCGUGGUCGUCCGCCCAAGGCCAAGCCGGAGCCGCCUGCUUCGCCCAAGAAGGAACUGGACUCCGACGAAGAAGACGACGACGUAGACGAUGCCAAGGACAAUGACAUGGAGUUUGUGGCUCCCGAGGCCGUCCUGGGCACCGACGACAGCGGCAGCUCGUCUAGCGACAGCAGUGGCGAGGACUCAGACCAUAGUUUGCCGGACAUUGAGCCCGAGGAGCGGUACGCCGAGAUUCCCAAGCGGGUGGUGGUGAAGCCCAAGAAGUACCGCAAGCGCGAGAAGCCGCUGGUGCCGCCCGUGCGCCUCAGCCGCGAGGAGAUCGAGCGCCGGAAGCUGCAGCAGAGCGAGUACGACGAGAUCAUCCUGCAGUUCUUCAAGAAGUUCCCCUGCGCCAUCUGCAACCUGCUGGUGCAGAACUUUGCCGACAUGCGCCGCCACCAGCGCCUCUCGCACAACAUCGAGUCUGGCUGGAUGCAGUGCUGCGGGCGCAAGUUCCACAUCCGCAAGGCGCUGGCGGAGCACGUGCUGGUGCACAAGAACCCGGAGCACUUCAUGUGCUCCCAGUGCGGCCGCGUGUUCCAGGACUCGCGCAGCCUCGAGGUUCACGAGCAGACGCACGCGAAUCCGGAGGUCAAGGCGGAGCCCAAGGAGAAGCCCGUCUACCAGUGCGAGAAGUGCCCCAAGAGCUUCAUCACCAAGGCGGCCAUAGAGUACCACUACGUGUCCAAGCACGUGCCCAAGUCGGAGUUCAAGUACUCCUGUCCGGAGUGCAACAAGAAAAUCCCCACGGAGCGCAAGCUGAAGGAGCACUUGAAGUACAUGCACGACCCCGAAACGGCCAUCAUCUGCGACAAGUGCGGCAAGACGCUGCGCUCGCAAACGAAUCUCAAGAAGCACCACGAGCUGGAGCAUUCCGAGGAGCCGCGUCCCAAGCCCGAUCCCGUGCAGUGCGAGAUCUGCGGCACCUGGCUGCGCCACUUGUCCGGACUGAAGCAGCACAUGAACACGGUGCACGAGCCGCCGGGCGGGGAGCACCGCUGCCACAUCUGCAACAAGACGUCCACCAAUUCCAGGGCCCUCAAGCGGCACAUUUACCACAACCAUUUGUGCGAGCGCAAGUUCAAGUGCGGGAUGUGCGAGAAGGCCUUUAAAAGACCGCAGGAUCUGCGGGAACACACUUCCACCCACACCGGCGAGGUGCUCUACACCUGCCCCAACUGCCCCAUGACGUUCUUCUCCAACGCCAACAUGUACAAGCACCGCCAGCGACUCCACCGCGCCGAGUGGGAGGCGGACAGGAAGAAGCCGCUGCCGCCGAACAUCAUGAAGAUUUCGCAGGGCGCCACCUCGGCGAUGAAGAAGCGCCAGACGACGGGCGCCGCCCUGUUCCCCCAGUCGCAGGAACAGAAGCAGUAGCAUUUAUAGAUAGUAGAUAAAUCGCCAACCAUUAUUAUUAACUCGCACUUAGCACACAGAUAAGUUAGGCCAUAAACAAGUAGACAUGGACAAUGUAA